AUGGCGAUGCAUGCACUGUUCUUAAAAUUUGCUAAAAAUCUAAACUCAAUAAAGAUAACCUUUCUAAUUCCCGGUCACACUUACAUGCAUGUGGACAGUGUACAUGGAUCUAUUGAGGUAUACACUAAAAAAAUGCUGGUAUGGGCGCCUAGUGAAUGGCCCACUGUGAUAAGGAAUUCUAGAAUAAAUCCUCGCCCCUAUGAAGUUAUAACACUAACCCACAGAGACUUUUACGAUUUUAAAGUUAUUCAAAAAAGGUUUUGGCCAGACAAAAUUAAGAAAGACACCACUGGUAACAUAAUUAGAUAUCUAGAUAUCAGACAAAUGAUAUUUCUUAAAGGAUCCAAUGAAGUUCAAUUUAAAUACCUUUUAAGAGAUGCUUCUAGUUUUAUUUACUUGGAUACACGCGGAUCCAGAAACAUGCAUUUACCUCCACUAUACAGUGCACCCCAGGCAAUACCACAAAAAAAAUAUGAAAGUAUUAUGGAAAUGUGUGAAAAGAAGAUUAUUCCAACAGAAUAUCAGCAGGAGUACAAUUUGCUUAUUGGAAAUAAGGAUAUCGUCUUGACCUACCUGAAUCAGAUGAAGAGGAUGAACCUGUUGAAGUAUUUUGAGUUUUAA